CAGACUCAAAAUAAAUCGACCUGUGAACAGCUCACCUCUGGAAGACCAUAUGUUCUGGCGAAAUAUAAACACAAGCAAAAUUGUCCGUACUCCAUGAAUUAAAUCAGAAAAAGCUGAUUUAAAUAUUACAUUAUAUUUGUAAGACACGAGGAAUCACUUUAUUUAAUUGGUUUUUUGAUCCAACUGCACUAUGAUUUCCGAAGUAGACCUCACAAAUAAAGACAGUACAGUUCGAGUUGCUGUCAGAAUCCGACCUCAAAACUCAAGAGAGCAAAUUGAUAUGUGUCGUGUUUGCACGACAGUAACUUUUGGUGAGCCUCAGAUUUUUCUGGGGUCAGACAAAGCCUUUACUUUCGAUUACGUCUUUGAUACUAAUUCCAACCAGUGUGAUAUAUACUCGGAAUGCGUUGAGCGAUUAGUGGAUAGUACGCUGCAUGGUUAUAAUGCCACUGUACUGGCUUACGGACAAACAGGGUCAGGCAAGACGUAUACGAUGGGCACUGGCUUCGACCAUGAAUCCGAAACUACAGAGUCCGUUCUGCUUGGAAUUAUUCCCCGAGCGGUUCGUCAUAUAUUCAGUGGCAUCCAACAGCUGGAAGCUUCUAGCUCUUCAGAAUUCUCAGCCACUGCUGAAAGUCCGCAGUUCAGUCUGGCUGUUCAAUAUAUCGAAUUGUAUAACGAGGACAUUUUCGAUCUAUUAGACCCAUUCAACAAAAACAGCAACUUUAAGAUACACGAAGAUGGCAGCGGCCAAAUAACAAUUUCUGGCGCGUCAAUAAAGCCAAUUUCCCACCCGCAAGAUGCCUUAAAGUACCUUCAGCAAGGAGCUUUAGCACGCACCACUGCUUCAACAAAAAUGAACGAUCAGUCCUCUCGAUCACACGCUUUGUUCACAAUUUUCGUGCGCAGACAGCGAUUACUUACCCCGAAUGACAACGUAUCGGGUAACGAUUUGGAAACCCUAACUUCUAAGUUCCACUUCGUUGAUUUAGCAGGUUCGGAACGGCUGAAAAGGACUCAGGCCACAGGAGAGCGAGCUCGCGAGGGCAUAUCCAUAAACUGCGGGCUGCUCGCCCUGGGCAAUUGUAUUUCGGCGCUUGGUGAUACUUCAAAGAGAGCUUUGCACGUACCCUAUCGAGACUCCAAGCUGACCCGCCUUCUUCAGGACUCUUUGGGCGGAAACAGUCAGACCUUAAUGAUCGCGUGCGUGUCGCCAAGCGAUCGAGACUUUAUGGAAACAUUAAACACAUUGAAGUACGCAAACCGAGCCCGGAAUAUUAAAAACAAAGUUAAGAUAAACCAAGAUCAAAGUUCUCGAACGAUUUCCCAGCUACGUAGAGAAAUUGCAGCGUUGCAGAUGGAGUUGUUAGAAUACAAACAGGGUAAGCUUGUGGUAGAUUGCGAAGGAAACACAACUAUUUCGGAUACAUUUAAUGAGAACAUGUUGCUUCUUUCGGAAUCCAAACGACUGCAGCAACGCCUUAAAUCAUUACAAAACACCGUUGGUGCUUUAACCGAGAGAAAUGCUAGACUUAAAUUAGAAUUGGAUUCAAAUAAGUGGUCUAGGACCGAAGGUUCCGAUUUCGAAAUAACGAAAAUGGUCGAAAACUAUAUGUUGGAAAUCGAACAACUCCAGGCUAAAUUAAUAGAGUCUGAAGAACUCCGCAAACAAAUGGAAACGUCAGCCGCAAAUUCACCCAAAAGCACCAAGCCUGUAUACGAUGGCGACAUUAUAAGCAAGGCCAAAAAGGGUUUGGAAAAGGAAAGAGAGUUAUUAAUGUCACGUUCUUUGCCUGGAAUUCAAAAUCAAAAUGUUGGGUCGGAAGAAGCAGAUGUUGGCAGUAGCGAUUCAGAAGCCGAGGGAGUCAUAAAGGACUUGGAGGUAAUCGACAACAAUAUUGUCAUGAAAACCAAACUUAUUGAACAGUUGGAGUUGACCCAUGAAAGAAUGGAACUAAUGCGAAUGCACUACGAAGAAAAACUAUCUGUUUUAAAUUGCAAAAUCGUCAACACCCAAAAAGAACGAGACGAUGUUUUGUCAAACAUGGGUUCGUCUGUAUCAGUCGCAUCCAAGGAUAGUUUAAAAAAAGUAAAAUCGGAUUAUGAAGGCAAGAUAAGCAACAUGCAACAUGAGCUUAAGAAGUUGCAGAACGCGCAGAGAGAGCAUCUUCGACAACAGCAAAAACUGAAGUCCCAUGAAGUCAAAAUCAGCAUGCUACGCAGUGAAUUGCAUGAGUUAAAAUUCACAAAAGUUAAAUUAAUGAAAAAAAUGUCGGAACAAUCAACUCGACAUAAAGAAGAAGACAGUCGAAAAUCAAAGGAAAUAGCUCAGUUACUGAAGGAUCAGCGCCGCCAAAUAAAUGCCGUAUUAUCUUUGGAGGCCAAAAUGAGUGCGAAAGAGCUUAUUUUGAAGCGAAAAACCGAGGAAGUUAUUGCCCUUCGCAAGAGUCAAAGGGGAAAGCCCGGUCAAAGGGGAGCUCCUCAAUUAACUUCAAAAAUUUCCACUCUGGACGGAUUCACUUCAAGGUCUGCACGGCAUCGAUGGGAAAAUCUAUACCGGACAAUAUUGCACGCGGCCAGAAACAGACAGUUGAUAACGCAAUUGGAAAAAGAGCUGGAACGCUUAAUAUUGGAGCGCGAAGAUCUCUCCCGUGAUCUAAACGUAAUGGAAAAUUGUUUAGGUACCGAGAGGCGAACGGAUGAUUUUAACGAGGUGGACAAUUUAAAAACAAACAUUAGUUAUAUUCAGGAGAAUAUAGAGCAUGUCCAGCAGGCUAUAAUGGAGUUCGAAGACUCGAAAGACACCGUACAGAAUGAUGUAAAUAAGAUUCAGGCUCUAUUGGACGAGGUUUCAACCGUGGCAGAAGCUAAAUUCAUUCUUCAGAAGUUUUCCGACAGUUCCAUCGUAAUGUCAUGCAAUUUGGCCAUUGCCGAAUCUCAUUUACAGGAGCAUGAAUCGCUGCUGAAGGAAGUAAAGCAAGAAAGCGCCAUUCAACAGCAAAUAUUACAACAUUUCCUAUCGCAAAAUAGUAAUGUUCAUAUAUCUGACAUAUUCGAUUCCUUAAAUCUCAAGGGCAGUAACCUCUCAAAUAGUGUUAAUCCGGGUUCUCAAAAGUCACUUAUAAGCAAUGCCACAUAUGACAUACCGCAAGAUGAUAAAUUUUCAGAUUCAACCCAUGUGGAAAUGCGCAGGACAACGAGUAGAAGUCCUUCACCGUUUGGAAAUGCAGACCCGUUUGAUAAGAGCCCCAAAGUUCGUAGACGUACUGCCAAGCGAACAGAUCUUCUUUUUGGCGACAUGGAGCUCCCAGAACAGACUAUUAAUAAAAUGACGUGAUCAUGCAAUCGAAGAUGAGGUCAUAAAGCGCAAGCCGCAUAUGGAAUUGAUAUAUUAAAUCAAAGUCUUUAGCGAACAAAUAAUCAAAAGACAGGUUUCUUUUUGUAUAAGAUAACCUAAACUAAGUUAUUAUUGUAUUUUUAUUUAUAAAUAACUGUUUACUAGUAGUGCCGUUUGUACAGGCUUUUAAAUCAAAAUAACUAUUAAUAAAGAAAAUUAAGGAUGCGUGAGUUUGGCAAGAUUUCCAGAAGAUUAAGUUUAUAGCUAGUGCAAUUGGUGUCUUCCCAGCCACUCAAAUAGGAAAUAAAAAAUACAAUAAUCCAAAAAUACAAAUUUUUUUUACUUUAGAUAAAUACUAUGCUUUAUAAAAAAUACAAUAUACUAUAUUGUUUCCAUGCGAUCGAUAGGAAAAAUUAAUUUUAAAAAAUGACCAAUCGUUUUCAGAUUUUAGCAACAAUCAGAAAACACUUUGGAAGAGAAUUAAAAUGUUUUAGUGAAGAAUGUAAUCGCGUGUUCUUAAUUUAUCGGGCUUAUGUCUUAUAGUAAAACGCUGUUUAUAUUUUAAAUCCUCUAAAUUAGUAAACAAAAAUUGUGACAGCAAAACAAUAAAAA